CCAGACAAGAGUUGAGACAACUCGGCACCAGCAAACAGGGAUUCUAAAGAGGACCCCACGCGGUUUGCAAUGGAACUUGGAAGUGUCAUCGCAAAGAACCUUGUUCACCUGAUUUGCUGCAUUGCCAGCACCGCCAGCAGCCUGCUGAUUCCAGAACGGAGGCCCCAGAUCGAGUACCUACUCAGCUGCCGUUCGCUGCAUUUGGUGCCAAUGCAGGGUGCUUGCUUCUGAAGGAAGCAGAACGACUUCAAAGAUCGAUGAGCUGGUCAUGGACACCCGUUGAAUAUAUCGCAAGAAGGGGGGCCUCACACUGAUAUUUCUGGUGGUAGUGGGUGAAUGAAGUGCACCCUUUUACUUGAUGCUGCUGCCUGGGAAGGUCAGACAUACGGAAGGAGCUCAAGGGCAAAAGCGUCACAGAUUGUGGUUCGCUGUGUACAGCGCUGCUAGGCGGCCUGUUAGCAGUUUCACAUGGAGGGCGCGACCGGCACGACGGAGCGGGAGCUCGAGGUGUCUGCCAGCUUCACCUUCCAGCGCGAGGGGCGCGCGGGGGAGGCGGCGCUGCAGCAGUGGCGCAAAGAGAUCCUGCGCAAUGAGAAGCGCGACGUGGACCUCAUGCAGAGCACCCUGUAUGAGGGCAUCCAGGAGUGGGCGCGCCAGCACCACUCGGACGAGCGCGCGGCCGGCAAGAGCAGCAGGGUCACCAUCCAGGGGGGGCAAAUCGUGCAGGGCAGCCAAAAGAACCCGCCAGUGAGGCUGCUCCCCGUCGCGGGCAUCCCCCCCUACACCUUCUGGACGCUGGCGGUGCGCAACUUCAAGCCUGUGCACGAGGGGGACAAGCUGGGCCUGGUGUAUGGCGAGGGGGGGGAGGCCACGCUGCUGCCGGACACAGAGGAGGGGGAGACGGAGGGGGAGGAUGCAGGGGAGGGCGCCCCCCAGCACGUGUUCACAGAGGUGGAGGACCACCAGGUGUGGGCCACCUGCCAGAAGCACGGGGCGGGCUCAACAGUGCUCAGGACGCUCGCGCGCCUGGUGCUGCACGCCACCGACGAGGAGGACCCCUCCGAGGAAGAGGAGAAGCUCAUUGCGGCGCGCUACAAGUGGCUGCUCACCGCUCCCCCGCUGCGCAUCAGAGAGUACAUUACGUCGUGGAAUUUUGGAAAGGCUGAUCUGCGUCAGCUUGGGCGGGAGGUGGCUCCUGAGCCGGCCUCCUCUAGCAGGGGCGCGGGAGCCCGGGACGUGGACACCCGAAUGACUGACGCAGGGCCGGCGCUCGAGUGGGAGCCGAGUGACCUCAAGACGGGCCUGUCGACCUUUGAGAACAUCUUCUGUCGCCGCUGCUAUGUGCACGACUGUCAUCUGCACGGAGUCAAGGAGAAGGGCGACCCGUGUCUGGAUCCGCUGGCCAACCAGCGACCUGCAUCAACGCCGCCCGCCACAGGCCUGGAGAUGAUGCAGCCGUGCAGCUCGACCUGCUACUGGAGCAGCCGGGCACCCGGGUGGGACCGACCAGAGGAAGGGCAGGACACUGGCGGAGCAGGAGGUGGGGUGCGGCCAGACGGGGUGACGGGGAGCGGGCAGCCAUCCGGAGAAGGGGGAACGAAUGCGGAUGCACAAGGCAAGGCUACCGAGAGGAGCGAGGAAGUUUAUGGAAAGGGAGGAGUGUCGGACAAACAGGGUGCCGGCAGCAGCGGGGAUGGGCAGUCCAACACCGGUCAGGGGCAUGAACGGGGGGAGCGACCAGAGGCGGCGGCGCCUCUCUCGAAUGAAAAGGUGGGGCGGGACGCGGAGGGGUGGAGCCGCUUCCAGGUGGGCCUGUUCGAGCAGGGUGUGCGCAUGUACGGCUCACACGGCAGCGCCUGCCGCGUUGCACGCCUCCUCCAGCCCGCGCGUACCUGCGCCGAAGUUGCGCACCGCCUGAAGCGGCUCAAGCCCGCUGCGGCCGUGGCAGAGGCUUCUGCAGCAGCUGCGGACCCGGAGGCACCGGAGAAGAAGGAACAACGGAAAAGGGCGAAACACAACAACAAGGUGAACGUGCUCCACAAGCUGGCCCGCAAGCGCAACGCGGACAAGCUGCGCCGCGAGGGCGACCUGCAGGGCCGCCUCAAGCUGGCGGCCUACACGCCGUGCGCCUGCACCGACGGCUGCGACGACGGGCCCGACUCGCAGUGCCCCUGCGCGCGCGCGCUCACGCCGUGCGAGAAGUACUGUGCGUGCCCGGGCAACUGCCACCUCAAGGAGGGCCUCGGCUGCAAGUGCACCAGCAAGUGCACGCAGCGCAGCUGCCCCUGCCUCGCCGCGGGCCGCGAGUGCGACCCCGACCUCUGCCACGGGUGCAUGGUCAGUUGCGGCGACCCGUCAUCCCCGGCCGCCCACGUUGGCGAGCCGAACCCGCACCGCGCGCACGCGCCCGACUCGCGGCUGGACCAGUGCGGCAACAUGCGGCUGCAGCAGCGGCGGCACAAGAAGAUCCUGCUGGGGCCCUCCGAGGUGGCGGGCUGGGGCGCGUUCAUCUGCGGCGGCGCGCAGGCGGGCGAGCUGCUGGGCGAGUACACCGGGGAGCUGGUCACCGACCAGGAGGCGGAGCAGCGCGGCCGCGUGUACGACGCCAACAACAAGAGCUUCCUCUUCCAGCUCAACGACCAGUUCAUUCUGGACGCAUGCCAUAAGGGAGACAAGCUCAAGUUCGCGAACCACAGCCCCGCGCCCAACUGCCGGCCCAAGGUGGUGUCGGUGCUGGGGGACCACCGUGUGGCGAUCCACGUGGAGCGCAACAUGGAGUCGGGCGAGGAGAUCUUCUACGACUACAACUACACCGAGAAUCAGGCGCCUGACUGGGCGCUCACGGAGGCGGACAAGAAGCGUCGCGAGCGGGAGAUGCAACCGAUACGGAAGGCCACCAAGAAGGGGACCAAGAAGUGACGCGGGGUAGCGUCCAUUUGCUGCGAUCUAUGGUAUGCUGUCAACCAAGAGGUGCUCGUGGAAUUAAUUGUACGUCUGAUGAUACACAAGAACACGACAUUGAUCAAAUAUCUUGGCGAAGAGGUAACUUAGGAAGCUUGCAAGCUCGCACAGGACCAUUUUUAACAUAUUGAAGCCGGUUAAGCAGCGUCCGGUGACGUAAAAGUAUUCAGCUCACCUGCCCAUAAAGGAGCCUACGCGUUCGUGAUGGUUCAUGC